AUGCGGCGUCGUGUCGGCGUCGGUCACGUGCUGCAGGAGCGCCAGCAGCAGCAGCGGAUGGCAGAUCUCGGCGCUCAGAUUACGGCGGAGCGCGUGGGGCAAAUCGAGGACCAGCUGGAGGAGCUCCAGGCACAGCUCAAAGCGCUGGCGCAGAAUCAUAAGUCUGACAUCACGGAAGACCCCGUCGUUCGUGCGCGCUUUCGCCAGCUGGCCGACUCACUCGGUGUCGACCUCAUCUCGUCAAAGAAGAACCUGUUUGCCGACGCACUCGGACUCGGCGACUUCUACUACCAGCUUGCCAGUCGCACCGUCGAAGCGUGCAUGCGAGAGCGCAAGUUCUGCGGCGCCUACGUGCCGCUGCAGCGUGUCCAGUUCUUUGUGCAGAAGGCCUAUGACGCCAGCUCGCUGCUGGGCAGCAACGCGCGGAACUGUCAUCAUGUCGUGCCGCACGGCAGCGGCAGCGGUAGCAGCAAGUGUGACCGCCGUGACGAGGGAAAGCGGAUCGUCAUCUCGGAGGCCGACAUGCUGACGGCGCUCUCCAAACUCUCAGUACUCGGCGCCGGCUACAACGUGGUGAAGUUAGGUGGGGUCUCCUACAUCCAGACCACUCCAGACGGCGCGCGCGGCGGAGACCAUGUGCUGCUGCUGAACUACGUGCUCGGGCUGCAGAAGGAGCAGAUAGAGAGGGCCAAGCAAGCGGCUGUGGAGGAGCAAGGAAAGAGCGCGCCAAUGGCGCCGGAGGGUAGCGCGCAGGCGACUGCGGGGGACAGAAGCGGCCACCGCAGCGGUGUAGGCGCCGCGUACGCCUUGGGUGCCCAUCCCUUUGACCUCGGCAAGGACAGGGGCAGCGAGGCAAGCGUCUCCUUGCCGUUUUCACAGCAGUGUGUGGCUGUGCGGGAGUCGCAAAUAGCAAGCGGUCUCCACUGGGAGACGCACCGCGCUCGAGCGGCGUUGAAGCGGAUGGUGCAGGAAGGCACAGUGUGGGUGGAGGAGUCGCAGGACAAGUCCGGCGGCCGUGUCACGACGGCUGGUGCCCGUGGCGGCUCCCCGGCAAAGUCGAAGGCCACCCUGUCGUCCACUGAAGAAGUGAAGGAGGUGUGGAAGCGCAAGCACACGCGCACAGUGGAGGCCGCAGACAAGAAGGACGUUGUAUACUGGUUUGUGUCACUGACCUCGCAUGGGUGA